GCAGAAUAUAUUUUUUCUCUUCCCAUUUCCAGAGUUUGGAAAAGUUCCUUUUCUGGACUAAACUCACCCUCCCUUCUCUAGCCAGAAUGUCCCCAAACUUUGUCUAAGGCGGAGAAAUCUGGGGGCCGAGGAGGGAGGAAACCUGUGCCCUUGGCCUUCGCCUCUCUUGCACUACUAUCACCACUAAGCGCUGCUGUCUAAACUUUGCCCAGAUCAUCUUUGGGGACAGAACCAAAAGAGUCCUCCGUUCGGUGAACUUGGACACACGAGGAUCCCCCCUGGAAAAUGGCAACCUCAGUGGACAAUUCUGAUGCUUUGGAUGUUCAACCCUCAACGGCCGUGGAUUAUCAAGAUCUCAGAUCCCUGGAUGUGGGAGAGGAAGGUGCAAAACACUUUGGAAAAGGGUUCCCAUCGCCCCAGUCCUCCUGGCGCCGUGUUUGCCCCACCAACCGGCUGGUCCUGGCCCUGAUAGCGGCCUGCGGCAUCCUCACCCUCUCGGUUGUGGUCCUCGGUUUUCAAGGGGUCCAGCUCAAUGCGGAAAAAUGGGGGACCACCAAGGCCCUGAACAGCUUUAACCAAACGGUCUGGACCGGACUCAGCAGCCUCCAGAACAAGAGGAACAGCACAGGAUGGAGACUGACAUCACUGGGAAAACUCUUGAUGGCGCAUAGUGUCAAGAUGAAGAAAGCCAACGACUUGUUCCAAGAACAGCUGGAAAACCUACAGCAAGAUUCAAGAUCAUUCAGCUGUGACCUGGUUGAAAUGAGAAGCAACGGCACCAAAAGCGGCUGCUGCCCCAAGGAUUGGCAGAUCUUCCAGGAGAGCUGCUACUGGAUGUCCCGGUCGACGUUGUCGUGGGAAAACGCCAAGAGCAACUGCGAAAGGAAGAACGCGCACUUGGUGAUCUUCAACUCACCGGAGGAAAAAAGGUUUAUAAACCAGCGCAAAAGGUCAGGUUAUACCUGGAUCGGCUUGACGGACGUCAGCGGAGCCUGGAAGUGGGUGGACGGUUCGACGUACACCUUUCGCAAAAAUGACUGGGUGGAAAACCAGCCAGACCACUGGUACGGCCACGGCCUCGGCGGCGGAGAAGACUGUGUCCACAUGUACUCGUCCGGCCUGUGGAACGACAACCAUUGCUCGCGCUCGUUCUACUGGAUCUGUGAGAUGGAGCUGAAGUUCUAGAGGAAAGUCGACCUGGUCGUCAGAAGCCGCCCGCCUUCGACCAGACAUUCUUUGCAUAGAGCAACUGGAUUUCCAGUUCUCCUUUGUGUCUGUGUGGUUGUGUAUGUGGUCUCUUUCAUAUUGCACAAUUCCAAUGCUGUGUUUCCACUUUAUCUGACCUGAGGUGUAUCUACACCAGUGGUUCCCAAACUUUGGUCCUCCAGGGCCUAAUUCCCACUACCUUUUAGACCAGAUCACAAAUCUAUUUGAAUUGGUUUAAAAGACCAUGGUUCACACUUGAACUGAUUUGCUGAAGCGAUUUGGAGAGGGAGGGGCCAUGCGCUAGACCCAUUCAAACCACGUCUUUUUGAUGCUGAUUUUUUUCCACGUCUUUUUGGAUAAAUCGAUUCCACACAAGUGUGUGAACCAGAUGCGGAUUGGAAUCAAUUUAAAUUUGCCCUUCAGCAGCUGGAGCGGGUGCAUUUUGAAUCGGUUCAUGCGUCAAUGUGAGCCACAAGCGGGUUAUUUUAUUUUAUUUUAUUUUGGCAGCAAGAAAAUGCGAUUGGGGCAAAUGUAGUGGGAACCAUGUGCUCCGCUGCUGAACCGACCCAUCGAUUCGGAUCACAAAGUGAUUUAUUUGUAAGUGGGAGUGCAGCCUAGAUGUUUUGGACUUCCCUGCCCAGAAUUCUUGCCUGUUGACCAGGCUGGCUGGGGCUUCUGGGAGUUGAAGUCCAAAACAUCUGGAGAACCAAUGUUUGGGACUAUACUGUAGGAAUGGUGCUGUUUAACGCCACUAUAAGUGCUGUUGUGCCAUCCAUGGAACCCUGGGAUUUGUAGUUUUCCAAAGUCUUUUUUUUUUU